AUGGCAGUGUACUUCAAAUUCCUAGAGCACCUUGUACAACUUUCAAGAAAGGAAUACCAACAAGAAGUGGUUGCGUUUAACGUAGACGACAUGUCAGCAGCUGGUAGGGCAAAAGUUCGUCAUGUUGGUGGCUGGGCCGUUCGAAAAGUUCUUGAGAAAUCAAGAAGGUACGUACGGGUCAAUAUCUCCUCUGAAAAUUCCGAAACAAUGGCAUCGGUGCGGCGACACCACAGUAUCUGCGAACUUAUUGAAGAAUCCCUUGUUGGAUCUGUGGCAGUGUUGGAGGAGGAGAGCCAGCACAAAGACACCCUGCAGGUGACAGAGGCACGGCAAUAUAGAGAAAGAGGACUGAUACAUAUAGGGGAUGCUGUCUACAAAUUCUUCAUGUACCUAGAGAAACAACGAGUUCAUUUGUUAAACGAUCAUAUGUUGCGCAGAGAGGGAGUAAAUAUAGUCGAAGAGGCCCACCGAAAGCUGAUCCAAGACGACGAAAUAAGUUUGAAAUGGCAACAGUGUUUCAAGAGCGAGGAUGUGAAGGAAAAGAAGGUGCAGAUAAUCGUAAAACAAUCAAUCCACUUGGAAUUUUGUUAUCUUUAAUUUUCUUUCACUUAUUGUAACUCAUUCAUGUUCCUUUUUUAGGAUUUAAUACGGAAUAUUUUAGAAUCUGUCAUUGAACGCUAUUUGCACAUGGGAACAGCGCAGUAUUUGCGGGACUAUCGAAGAAGCUUCCAACUUAAAAAGAGCUCAGAAUUGAGAAAGCGAGUCCUUCAGCGACAGAAAAAGAAUCAAGAGAAGUCAGACAGCGUAUCAUUCGAGGUAAAAUAAGUGUACUGUAAUUUUAGAGCACCCACCUUGUCUCGCAAGUGAAAGUGGGAUUCCAUUUAGUGUACCUUUACAUGAAGGGGUUCUCACUGAGAGUAUUCGGUAAUUGGGCAUUGAGAAUUAACUCGCGUCUUGGAUAUGACUUCGACUUUAAAAGCUAUAUUUUGGAGGCUAUUAGUGACUCCGGUGACAAUAAACACGUUAUUGCUCCCGCAGGGAUUUCGCUCAGAAGGCGAACUCCCGAGGAAGCACUCUAGUAGCUCGCGCGCAAAUUAAGGAAAGCACUUACAGUACUUUCAGAGGGGCCGCGAGGAAUCGCUAUAGUAGGUUAAUGAUGACGUUUUCUAUUGUUCGCGCCCGCAAGUAAGAGAUGGUUUAAGGAUGACGUAAAACAUACGGUAGUAUCACAGUGGUUAUCAGUGACAUUCUGUGGAGCAGCUGUUUUGAAAGUGAUGGACCAAAAUUAAAGACACUCGUUAAACGCAGAUGAAGUUAUAAGGUGUGUAUAAACACUUGGAGGGACACGAGUCACAAAUCUUUGAUUGGAAAGAAUUUGCCAGGCACUCUUCCUCGAUCUCUUUGCGGAAAUAAGACUCAGUCCCAAACAACUGAAACAAGCAAGACUAGUGAAUCAACGGCUAGAUUAUCACUUGCAGAACGAAGGUCCGCGAUUACAGAAAUUCGAGGACUUUCAAAUGAACCGUUUGUAAAAUGAGAAAGAGAAAUACUAGGCAAAAAUUCCAACUUCUAAUUAAUUCUUUUCUUAUGCUUUAGAAUAAAUUUAAUAAUUCUCCACACUGAGAAUGUUUUCAGAUCAAACCUGUGUAAAUUGAACUGAAACUGUGCAUGGAACCUUUCGUUUCCGGUUCUAACUUUCACCUAUUGUAUAGAGAAUGUGUGAAAAUCUUCAUUAUGAAUCGGCCAUGUAAUAUCCUCUAUUUAUUAUGUAUUUUUAUUCCUAAACACAAAGGGAAAUAAAAGGUUAGAUGUCCGCACAGCCCCAUACACUUGUUAUGGAUACAUUUUAUGCCUCCAUUCAUAACAACUAUUUGUGUGAAAUGCAAUGUUUAAUGAUGAAAUUGCUGCUUGCAAAGUAAAUGUAUGUGGUUGUACAGUAAGUAUAAAGUAUGGAAAAAGUAGCAAAUUGAACCACAACAUUUACCGAAUGCACAUGUAUAUUUUAUUGACAGGAUAUUCUCAAGGACCGGUCAGAACAGAAGGUUUCUUCGCAUGCGCGGCUGAUACAUUUUAUUGGCAAGUACAAUGAUGACGCAAGUGUCUUUGCCCGUGUUUAUACAAGAGCCCAAUUACUGUUGCUUUGUGAGGCCUAUGAGGUCCCUGUCAGACGGCGUGAUACCAAGAUAGAAUUGGCUAAAACUCUCAUUGAAGCCUUAAAGGGGACAAGAUCAAUACCGUUUACUGCUCCAGUGGAUGACAGGGAGUUCCAGGUCGUAGAGACAGUGCAUGAUGAAGAACAUGGUGGACUGCGCAUGCGGUUCAGG